AAUGCGUUCCAUAUGACAAGCCUUUCAAUUCAUAAAAAAUACUUAAACGACCCUUGACUAUGCAAAAACAGAGUGUUGAAUAGAGUUCUGUGAUUGGUUCGCUUAUGUUACGCACUUCACUCCGCUAACUGACAUGACAUUCCUGUCAUUCAAACGGUGCAACGGUUUAUAAGUGUCGUUAUUUUGUGGAUUUGUGAAUUAAAUAAUAUAAAUAAAUAUGGAUAAAACUACAACUAUCAGGCUCACACAUCAACUGAAAAGCUGCUGGAAUAAUUUAAAGACCCAAAGAAUGAAAGAACUUUCUCAGGAAUCAAUCAAACGUUCUCAACACCCACUAGUAGGUAUCAAGAAAUUAAGAUUAGUAGUAGCAAGAAUGAAGAUUAAGACAGAAACAAGAAUCAAACGCACCACAUUGAAUAAUAUACAACAAGACCAGGCUUUGCACGAGUUGGGGCUACAAAGAGAAAAAAUAUUGAUAGAAAGAGAAAACAAUUUGUUAGAACAUGAAAAAAAGCUUUAUGAUUUACAAAUACAUAAAAUUAAAUUAGACAUUGAAGAUUGAUGAAAAUAAAACUUUAUUAAAAAUUUUAUGUUUUAUUUGCCACUAGCAACUGAUACAUUAUGUAGGUGGCACUGGAAGGCCUCCUCGCAGUUAAUUUCCUCAGGUCUUCUUUUAUCAGUGGUAAAAGUAUGAAAAGUACCCCA